AUGGAGGACUUCCGGACGGCAUCUAAACUUAUACCACAAAAUGGCUUCAUGGCUACUAUUGACCUUAAAGAAGCUUAUUUUCUCGUUUCAAUUUAUGAGUCUGAUAGAAAGUUUUUAAGAUUUCUUCAUCAGGACGAAAAUGACCAUAUUAGUACAUAUGAAUUCAAUGCAUUACCGUAUGGUCUUUCGGUCGCUCCUAGAGUCUUUACUAAAAUUAUGAAAGAAGUAAUGUCAUAUCUUCGUUCCCAGGGCUUUAAAAAUGUAUUUUAUUUAGAUGACGUUUUGUGCAUCGGAGAUGACUAUAAUGAUUGUUAUAAUAACGUUAAAAUAACACUAAAACUCUUAAAAUGUCUGGGCUUUAUUAUAAAUCACGAAAAAAGCUCAUUAGAGCCUAAACAGUCAUGCAAAUUUCUCGGAUUUAUAUAUGAUUCAGUUCAUCAAACUUUGUCUUUACCUUCUGAAAAGCGAUACAAGAUUUUAGAUUUGGUAACGAAAUUCUCAAAAGCCCCGAAAUGUACUAUAAGAGAAUUCGCUCAAAUUAUAGGAAUUCUAGUAGCUGCUUGCCCCGCAGUUAAAUACGGUUGGUUAUACACAAAAAUUUUAGAACGUCAAAAAUUUCUAGCACUUAAGAAAUGCGCAAAUUACGAAGCAAAAUUCAAUUUUGAUUCUGUAAUCUUAGAAGACCUUAACUGGUGGAAGCUUAAUGUUUUAACUUGUAAUAAUUCCCUAAAAAUAGCAGACUUUGAUUUGGAAAUAUUCACAGAUGCAUCUCGUACUGGCUGGGGUGCAGUAUGCAAUAAAAGUAGAACAAACGGGGCUUGGAGGUCCGAUGAACUCGAAUCGCAUAUAAACUAUUUAGAAUUAUUAGCAGUUUUUCUAGGUCUCAAAUAUUUUGCAAGUAAAAAAUCUAAUUGUUCAAUUUUAUUACGUAUUGAUAACACGACAGCGAUCAGCUACGUUAAUCGUAUGGGUGGUAUACAAUUCCCCCACUUGAACAAUCUGGCUAGACAAAUAUGGCAAUGGUCCGAGGAAAGAAAUAUUUGGUUGUUUGCAUCUUACAUUAAUACAAAGGAUAAUUUCGAAGCAGAUGAAGAGUCUCGUAAACUCAAUCCAGAUACGGAAUGCCAAUUAUCCGAUUUGGCUUUUGAAAAGAUUACUAAUCGCUUAGGAUAUCCAGCAAUAGAUCUUUUUGCUUCUCGGGCCAAUGCUAAAUGCCACAACUACAUUUCGUGGAGAAAAGAUCCUGACGCCUUUUCUAUUGAUGCUUUUACAAAAUCACCUUACCCUGGGUGCCGCGAUUCUCUCAGGCAAGCGUUCUCCUCGCGGGGUGCUCCAGACUCGACCCUAGAUCUCAUGUUAGCAUCAUUGGCCAAGAAUACUAUGCGACAAUAUAAUGUUUCAUUUAAGCUCUGGUGGCAAUAUUGCAAUGACAAUAGUCUAGAUGUCUUUGAUUGCUAUGUGCCGACAGUUUUAUCUUUCUUAAGUUCGCAGUAUUAUAAAGGAGCCUCAUAUGGAUCCUUAAAUAAUCACAGAUCAGCAUUAUCACUUUUACUAGGUAGUAAUAUUGGAUCUGAUGACCUUCUUCAAGAUUACAUUCUCGUUACAAAACAAGACCGACCUGCUAAUAUACCUCAUCUCUUAAUAACUGUGAAGCGCCCGUACAAGAGCGCGACAGCACAGUCAAUAAGUAGAUGGAUAAAGCAGACGCUAGCAGAAAGCGGCGUAGACGUGGCGACGUUCAGCGCGCACAGCACGCGACACGCAGCCACGCCCACAGCUGCCACUCGUGGGACCUCUAUCGAUACCAUACGGAAAGCUGCCAUAUCGACGUGGAGCCUCAAGCCGAAUUUCGUGAGGGCCCAGUUUAUGACUUCCGUAUUUUAUGGUAAUAGGAAUAAACCUCGCGGGUCGUGCUCCUUCGUGGUUUUAUCUUCAACUAGUUUUACUAUGUUACUUAGUUUUUAG